AUGUCUCUAGCAAUCAGAAAAAGAAGCUGGGAAGAGCAUGUGACCCAAUGGAUGGGCUUGCCUUUUGAUUCGAUCGAUUCUAAUAUAUUAUGCAGGCAUGGCCUAGUUGCUGACAACUUGCAGGCCAGUAUGGAAAAUGACGGCGUUCGGAGAGGUGGCCAGAAAGAAACGAGCGCUUCCUUGCCAGAUUGCUGUCACAGUGGAGAACUGGUAGGUUUCCCCCUGAAACUGCUGGGUAGUGUUUUCAAAGAGGUGGAUGAAAAUGACAAUCAUCAAGAGAAAGAAGAGUUUCUCUCAUUGAAAGACAGCACGGAAACUUUGGUCAACACUUCUGUUGAGGAUGAUGAUGAUGAUAGUAGUGAUGAAACUGAGCUCAGUCUGGAGAAAACCAACCUCCAUGUUGCUCAGGUUGGAGAGAAAUUAUCAGAUGAACGGAAUGACCUGGGAAGAGCAGAGCCCUUCAGGAAGAUUGAACCAAGGGUGGAAGAAGAGGAGGGAUCUACACAAACUUGUGUGCUAGCAGGGAAAGUGAAUGAACCUCAGUAUGAUGCAGUUCCCAAACUGGUGAAUGUUGAGGACAAUCUUUGUGACAGAAGGAAAGAAAGCUUGGAACUUUAUCGUGACAACAGCUGUGGUGAAAAUGGUUGGAAAGAAAACUUAUGUCAGUUUCAGGACACAAUUGUGUCUGAGAAAAAGAUAGGCCAUACUGCAGUAGGUGUGCAACGAUACAGAAAAUUGGAGACUUCUAAUGAUAUAUGUGAAAAAACUCUCUGCAGUCCAGCAAAUGAUCGGCUUUUUCCUGGCCAACGUCACGACAAAUACGGUCAGGAAGCCUUUGCUGCAGACUCCAAUGACUAUCUUUCCCCAUUGCUAGACUCUCGUUUGUUAUCAGGAGACAAUGACCUGGAUGGAUUUGCAGAUUCUCAAGACACACUUAUCACAAGUGUGCACUCAGUGGAAGGUGGAACCUAUUUAAAGAACAGCCUAGCCCUGCACGAGGCUACAGAGAGUCAAGUCAUACUGCGCAAAAGAAAGGAAGCAAGAGAAGGUCGAGAUCAGUCACGACUGGACUCUAUGGUGCUGCUCAUUCUGAAAUUGGAUCAACUGGAUCAGGAUAUUGAGAAUGCUCUCAGUUCCAGGUCUUCACCGUCCAGCACGCCGACCCACACACGGAGGCAAAUCCAUGAUUUGGAAUCACAUCUUGAAAGUGGAGUGGAUGCGGCCCCAGUGAGCCAGCUGCAAACCAACAUGGCCCUGCCGCCGCCUCCUCAUUCCUACAGUGCUGAUCAUCACACACUUCCCAUUCCAAUGGCCGGGUCUGGUGCUAAACCAAAGGCUGGGGCUAUGCCAGUUAUUACAGAAAAGGAGAAGGCUGAAAUAGAGGCCAAGGAAGCAUGUGAUUGGCUGCGGGCAGCAGGGUUCCCACAAUAUGCUCAGCUCUAUGAGGAUCUUAUAUUUCCCAUUGACGUUACUUCCGUCAAGAGAGAGCAUGACUUUUUGGACAGAGACGCAAUUGAAGCCUUGUGCAGGCGUUUAAAUACUUUAAACAAGUGUGCAGCGAUGAAGCUAGAAAUCAGUCCACACAGGAAACGGAGUGAAGAUUCCGAUGAGGACGAGCCUUGUGCCAUCAGCGGUAAAUGGACGUUCCAGAGGGACAGCAAGAGGUGGUCCAGGCUAGAGGAGUUCGACGUGUUCCCUCCUAAGCUGGAUCCAGACACCCCAUCCCCAGAUGAGGCUCGCCUUAGCAGUGCAGCCAGCCACGAAAGCGUGCUGACAGACCUCGGGGAGCACCACGAAAUCGCUUCUGUCCACAGCAUCAGCAGCAACAGCAGCCAUCCCACCACCUCCCAGAGCGAUGCUGCUACCACCAGAACCAAUUCAGUUAUUAGCCUUGGCUCAGCAGGCCACCUCGUGGCCAAUGAAGACUCCUACAGUAGUUUGCCUUCUUCCAGAGAGCUGUCCAGUUUCAACUUCAGCAUGAAAGCAACCGAGAAGAACACCAAGUCGAAAACGAGAAGCUUGUUAAAGAGGAUGGAGAGCCUAAAAAUCAAAAGCUCCCAUCAUGGUAAAAACAAAGCCCCUUCCAAACUCGGCCUCAUCAUCAGUGGACCCAUCUUGCAAGAAGGCAUGGACGAAGAGAAGCUGAAGCAGCUGAAUUGCGUGGAGAUCUCCACUCUCAACGGCAACCACAUCAGUGUCCCUAUGGUACGGAAAAGGAGCAUCUCCAAUUCCACCCAGACUAGCAGCAGCAGCAGCCAAUCGGAGACGAGCAGCGCAGUCAGCACUCCGAGCCCCAUCACAAGGACACGUAGUCUCAGUGCGUAUAACAAAAGGGUGGGAAUGUACCUAGAAGGCUUUGACCCAUUCAACCAAUCGACCUUCAAUGAUGUCAUAGAGCAGAAUUUUAAAAACAGGAAGAGCUUUGCAGAUGAUACUGUGUUUUUCAUUCCUGAGGACCACAAGCCAGGAACUUUCCCCAAAGCCCUCUCCAAUGGCAACUUUUGUCCAUCAGAGAGCAGCACCUCUGUCAACUGGAGAACAGGAAGCUUUCAUGGGCAUGGCCAUCUUGCCGUCAGGAGAGAGAACAGUUCCGACAGCUCCAAAGAUCUGAGUGCUGGGAAAAGGCGCAAUUCCUCCAGCUCGGUGUGCAGUCGCCUCAGCAUUUACGAUAACGUGCCAGGUUCCAUCCUGUAUUCCAGCGCGGGCGACUUGGCUGACCUUGAGAAUGAAGACCUUUUCCCUGAGCUGGAUGAUCUUCUUUAUCAUGUCAAAGGCAUGCAGAAAAUAGUGAACCAGUGGUCAGAGAAGUUUUCCGACGAAGGGGACUCCGAUUCAGCUCUUGAUUCGGUUUCCCCAUGCCCUUUAUCUCCCAAACAGAUACUCCUUGACAUGGACAAUAACAGAACAAUACCCAGUGAUUUUGACAGCACGGGAAAUUCACUGAACGAUACAGAAGACUCCACAGGAAUUCAGGAAAGAAGAGAUUCUGGGGUGGGGGCAUCAUUGACACGCUCAAACAGGCACCGAAUGAGAUGGCACAGCUUCCAAACUUCUCACCGGCCCAGCUUGAGCUCAGCAUCUUUACAGAUCAACUGUCAGUCCGUGGCACAGAUGAACCUGCUGCAAAAAUAUUCCCUCCUGAAGUUAACAGCCCUCUUGGAGAAAUACACACCUUCCAAUAAACAUGGCUUCAGCUGGGCUGUGCCAAAGUUUAUGAAAAGAAUAAAGGUCCCUGAUUAUAAAGACCGAAAUGUAUUUGGAGUUCCGCUAACAGUUAAUGUCCAGCGAACCGGUCAGCCACUUCCACACAGUAUUCAGCAAGCCAUGCGGUACCUUCGCAGCCAGUGCCUGGAUCAGGUUGGGCUUUUCCGAAAAUCAGGAGUCAAGUCGAGAAUCCAGGCUUUGCGACAGAUGAAUGAGAAUUCAGUGGGCAAAGUCAACUAUGAAGGCCAGUCAGCUUAUGAUGUGGCGGACAUGCUGAAGCAGUUUUUCCGUGACCUGCCAGAACCGCUCCUGACCAACAAACUUUCGGAGACAUUCUUACAGAUCUACCAGUAUGUGCCGAAGGACCAGCGUCUCCAGGCAAUCAAGGCAGCCAUUAUGCUUCUCCCAGAUGAGAACAGGGAGGUUCUACAGAUUCUCCUUUAUUUCUUGAGUGAUGUCACGGCUGCUGUGAAGGAAAACCAGAUGACGCCAACGAAUCUGGCUGUAUGCUUAGCACCUUCUCUUUUCCACUUAAACACCCUCAAGAGGGAAAAUUCUUCUCCAAGGCAAGUCUCCAGGGUGAUGCAGAGGAAACAGAGUCUGGGAAAACCUGAUCAAAAAGAUUUAAAUGAGAAUUUGGCUGCAACGCAAGGCCUGGGCCACAUGAUUGCAGAGUGUAAGAAACUCUUUCAGAUUCCUGAAGAAAUGAGUAAAUGUCGGAAUUCUUACACGGAACAAGAUCUUAGGCCAUUGACCUUGGAAGAACUCGGACGAAAUAGCAACUCUGAGCCUGCCGACUACCGUUCUUAUAUCCAGGAUUGUAUGGAUGAUUUGCUCAAAGAAAUUAAAGACAAAUUUAAAGGCUGGGUCAGCUGUUCCACCUCAGAGCAAGCAGAGCUUGCCUACAAGAAGGUAUGUGAGGGUCCACCUCUCCGUCUGUGGAAGUCUGCAAUUGAAAUCCCUGCCGUUCCCGAAGACGUCUUAAACCAUAUACUUAAAGAACAGCACCUUUGGGAUGACGAUCUUCUGGAUGCCAAAGUGAUCGAGACAUUGGACAGCCAGACGGAUAUAUACCAAUAUGUACAGAACAGCAUGGUGCCACAUCCCGCCAGAGACUAUGUAGUCUUAAGGACUUGGAGAACAAACUUACCUAAGGGAGCUUGCGCUCUUCUGUGCUCCUCUGUGGAACAUGACCGUGCUCCAGUUCUUGGCGUGCGAGUAAAUGUUCUCCUGUCCCGGUAUCUCAUUGAACCAUGCAGUUCAGGAAAAUCCAAAGUUACCUACAUGUGUAGAAUUGAUUUAAGGGGGCAUAAGCCUGACUGGUAUGCAAAAGCUUUCGGACAUUUAUGUGCAGCAGAAGUUGUUAAGAUCAGAGAUUCUUUCACUAAGCAGAACGUUGAGAAUAAGGAAGCGAAAUCCAGGUGACUACUGAAGCAGACCAACUCUGCAUUCAACCCGCCACAGUCGGUGUGCAUCAGUGCGCCCAGGAGCUCCUGAUUGUUUGCUGCAGAACGGAUCCUGGUGUGGUCUGAAGUUCUCAUGUGAACCAAGAGUAUCUGGAAUUGGUCUGAUAUUCUCACUCAAAAUGCUGGGGCAAUACCAUGAAUUUUAAAGCUGCUUCUUCCUGUUGUUGUUAGGCCUAUCGUAUAGGCCUUGACUGGAAUAUAUUGGACAUUACACAAAAAGAAUUUUUAAAGUAUAUUAUUCUAUGUAUGAAUUGCUUCUGAGAAGCAACAUUCGAAGAAAUGUAUUCUGGAAUACAGUGGGAAAUGAUUUUCCCUUUGCAUAUGUAUCUGUGUGCUGUUUGUUGAGGGACUGUUGCAGCCACUGGAUGUGUUGGUACUCUUCACUGUCGUCCUCUCUAAAGUAAGUGAAGGAAGGUUUGCACAGAGACAAAGGUGUUGAACGGCUGUCUGAAUUUUGGACAGCCUUGGAUACAGGUUUAGUAGAAGCACAGUGUCUGGUACACUCAAAGGCAAUUAGGAAGAGUCUUCAUGUUGUGAGGAAAGAGUUCAGCCUGGGAUUUUUGCCUGCCCAGCAGACCUUCAGAAGCUUGUCUUGUGUGUCACGCAUAAAUAAAUGGGGCAGGACUAAGGAAGGCAAAACAUGAUGCCCAAUGAAGAAUUUAUGGGAGAGGUUAAAAACGUCCAAUGCGCUUCAGUAUGUCUCUUUCAAGGGCAGUGGCUCUGUAUCUUCUCCUGUUUGAAAGAAGUGUUCUCCACAUCUUGACAUGGAGGCAAAUAAGCCUUUUCCCCUGGAGUGUAUGCUUAACAGCCUCAUGUACCUCUAUGAAAUGAAUUUGCCACAGUCACAUUUUAAACAUCAAGGUGACCAUUUAAAAAACAAUACAUGCAUUGGCGCUUAGAGUUCUAGCUCUCAAUAUGCUCUAUAUUGGGAAAAGAUGCUAGUAGAAACAUAUUCACUGUGUUUAAUUCAACUCUCUUUUUCCAUGUAUGUAUAUACCCAUCAUUUUAUCCAUACGCUCCUGCUAAGAAACAGGCCAGAUUCGUAACUGACCUUGUUUGUUUGGAUCUCAUAGGAAAGAAGAGAAAGCUUAAAGGCACAAUAGUAGAGCUGACGUUGCUUUCAGCAGCUUAAAGAAAAAUAGCACUGGAAAAAAUAGUAUAACUGGAGCAUAAAACAUUCUAAAGUCAUCCAGUGUAAUAGAUACUGUGUUAGGAGUUUGAAGGUGUUCAUAUCAUCUGCUCUCACACAACCGUAUUAACCUCAUUUAGCCAAAUGCUUGGGGCGGGGGGGAUUUCCCAAAUCCUGAGCUUUGUUGAAGGUUGGAUAAGCGAAAUGAUUGUUGCUGUUAGAUUACUUGAGGCAAAUUGAAGGACUGCAGGUCAGGAGCAUGGCAGAUGGGGCAGUACGUUGCACAGACCAGUGGCUUUCAGAGGAAAACCCAGACCUGUUAACUCCAUCACCACGAGCAUUCGGAUGGCCAUAGCCAGUGACAUCUGGGUAGGGGCUUGCAGAAUCAAUGUGUUUCUGAAAGUAGUACACUCACUGUUUCAGGUGUUGCCAGAAAAACCUCUCACUCUUUUGCGGGGAGGAGUAUCACGUUGUCAAAUAUGACAUACGCAAGAGAGAAUCAAGAAAGCUUCUUUGUAAAAAAAAAAAAAAAAAGUUUGGGUGCAAGAAGGUAAAAACAGAGUGGCAAGAGAGGGCAGAGGGGGUCCUUUUGUGAUGGACUUCCCCAGUGUUUCAGACCCCACAGGAUUAUGCUUCAGGUGCACCUCCAUCUCUAGGUAUGAGAUAGCCAUAACAGAUGCUGUUCAAUUCUACUGCUGUUCUGUCAUUCAGUGUUGAAGUAUAUCCAGUUGGAUUCAGGCUAUAUUUUCCUAUUUAUUUUAUUUAUCUUAUUUUGUGAUGUUUAUAGUCUGCCUUUCUCACUGAAGACUCAAGGUGGGAUACAGGAUGGUGGUGGUAGAGAGAGCCCUCAAGUCAGAGUUGAUAUAUGGCGACUCCUGGUGGGAUUUUCGUGGCAAGAGACUAACAGGUGGUUUGCCAUUGAAUGUCUCUGCAGCCCAGGUCUUCGUUGGAGGUCUCCCAUCCCAUUACUAACCAAGGCCAGCCCUACUUAGCUUCUGAGAUCUGACAAGAUUAGGCUCACCUGGACUAUCCAGGGCAGGGAUACAGGAUAAAAUCAACCCCCAAAAAUCAACAGUGUAGACAAACAGCGUAAGACAACCCAAAGAAAACUGCAAUAGGACUACAGUUACAGAACUAGGGAACACUGCAAACAACUUACAAUAAUCAUUGUCAUGGAUUACAUCUUACUUUAUUAUAAUAAUGGUGCCCUUCUGGGCAGAAUGGAACUCCACCUCCCCUCUCUACAUCCCACCAGCCUCUACAAAAUGCUGUUUCUGGGAGAUGAGGGCUCCAGGAGAAAGUUACGAGGGAGGGCUGCAGAAGGAAGGAGGAAUCAGUGGAAAUGGCCAGUUUGGUCUGGAUCUAACUCAUAAUCUCCAAGAGCAGGUCUUUGACUCUUGCUGUGAAUCUUGCCCUGCCAACCCCCAGAAACUUGCAAUUGUGUCCUGUGUAAGGUUUGUGCUUUGGUAUAGAGAUGCACUAUUAGUAUAGAGAUGCACUGAACAAGUAUGAGUAAGGUAUGAAUGAAAAAUAUAAAAUGGAAGAUAGAUGGUUGGGUGGUGGUGGUUUAAAACAAAGGCUUUAAAGAGAGACCCAUCCUUAGAGUUGUCCUGUCCCAGGCUUUCUGACUUUUCAGUGUCUUUUAAAACUCCUUUCUGUGUCCCUACAACCAGGGACAACUGCUAAGCUGUGCAUUGGACCAAAGAUGGUGUGAAGUUGGCCUGUUCGUUCCAUCUUCCUUACUUGCAUUGAAGAAAAGGACCACACAGCUUAGAGGUUGCCUUACAACUUGGGCCCUUUCCUGGUUUCUCCAUCUCAAAGCAGUGACAUGGCUGGAAGCAGCCCUCGGUUACCAUUAUCAGUAUUAUUGCUUUUAAAGUUUUUGUGAUGAAGAAUUGUGAUGGUGCCAACAGGCUUGUAUUGUGCUUGUAGGCAUGGCCAGUGCCUGCAUCGUUACCCCGUGUAAUUUUGUCUUGUUUUUGUUUUGCCCUUCCCCUCAUUGUUCUUUGCACAUUUUGUAAUAACCACACACACAGGAAAAAAGUCAACACAGGAAAUAGUAGGGAGAAAAGAUGUGAUACGGCAAGCCUUGCAUUUGAUCCUUUUCAAGCAACAAACAGACGGGAACAAUGUUCUUCCCAGAAGUUGUGAAGAACAUUGCAGGGUGUCAGUGCAAGCUCUAAUGAAACUUUGACUCCUCUUUUGCAAACCUAAAGGUAUACAUGAUACAACCAAGGAUCAGGUGUGGACUAAUACCAACUCUUUUGGAUUAUGUUACGAGACUCCUCCUGGAGGGGAAAGUAGCUGUGUUAGAUUAUACAGUUGUGUCCCCACCCUCAGUGGUUGUGAGGCCAAACUACGCGUUCAGUUUUUAACAAGUUCGUUCCACAUUCUCUGCAGCUCCACAGCAGCUGCGGGGAAUGGCUUUUUGUAAAAAAUAAAGGAGAGUCCAAACAGGCUUGGAAUGAGACUGUGGGUGCAUUCCACCUUCAAGACAUUUUCCUGCACAGAAACAGCACUGAGGAGGAAUACAUACCCAUUUUUGCUGUUUUGAUAACAAGCAGAAGUCCUUCCUCUCCCUGCAGCUGUGUUCUGAGCCUGUUUGGGCUCUUUUAUUUUUUAAAACCAUUCGCCGUAGCUGCUUUGUAGAUGCAAGGAACCCAGACCCAACUCAUUAAAAACCCGGACGUGUAGUUUGGCCAGCUGAGUGUGUUUAGGAUCACAACAUUAGUAUUCCUCAUGAAUAGGGCAACCUUGUGCAUUCUUUGUAUACUGUCCUAAACAUUUAAAUGUGUGAAAAUAUAUGUUGUACAUACCGUUCUGUUGUAAACGUGUACACUUGCUUACAGUUAAUUGUCCAGUAUAGAUAAAGCAUGAACAUAAUUAUUUAAAUAUACUUGUAUUCAGGGCUUUUUUCCUGGGAAAAGAGGUGGUGGAACUCAGGACCGCACAAUGAUGUCACUUUGGGUCAGCUGGAACAAGGGGGGAGUUUUUUAAAGUUUAAAUCACCCUUGGCGAAAAUGGUCACAUGUCCGGUGGCCCAGCCCCCUGAUCUUCAGACAGAGGGGAGUUUAGAUUGCCCUCCGCGCUGUAGCGCAGCGGCACGGAAAGCAAUCUCAACUCCCCUCUGUCUGGAGAUCAGGGGGGCGGGGCCACCGGACAUGUGACCAUUUUCAAGAUGUGCCGGAACUCCGUUCCACCACGUUCCCGAUGAAAAAAAGCCCUGCUUGUAUUUAUACCUCAGAUAUUCUUUUGGGGGAGGGGAGGAUUUUGUACCUCAAGUUGUCUCCCCUUCGUCCACCCUCAUGUAAAUAACUUUUCCACAAUUAAGGUCUCAGUAAAAGAAGAAAAGGUUUAUAUCUUGCUGUUAUAUGUCUGUACAGUAUAUAAUCAAUAAAUGCACUAUUAAAUAUU